AGAUCAAGUCAGAUGGCAGACAGGCAUGAAGAAGGAGCUGGACAAGCUGCAAGAGAAUCUCCCCAAGAUCCAAGCUGUUGUCCACUUUGCUUCAAGCCAAGAGCAGAUCACAGACCAAAAUCCGGGUCUUAACAAAUGGCUAUGGCAGCUAAGAGAUGCCAUUGAUGAUGCAGAUGACGUGUUGGACGAGCUGGAGUACAUGGAACUUGAAAAACAGGUGAUCAAAGGCAAGAAGCGGAGAAGCGACUGGACGAAAAAACUUGUCGACAUUGGCAAACGUGCUUUCAAAAUUGAUCCCACC